CAUACCAAGACAUUAGGAGACUUAAUCGAGUUGGAAGAUGAAUUUUAACAGUUGCAAAUUGUUUGCAUUGCUGUUCUGUGGCCUGACUUUGGCACAGAUAGAUACUGGAGCUACAACUGAUGAUGCACAGUUGUCCUCCUCUUCUGACACGUCAACUAUCAUGAGAGAAUUCAGAGAAAAACUUCAAGCGAUGGAAACCAGACUGGAAGGCAGUGAAAACCAGAUUCUGGAACUGAAGACUAAAGAAAGCACCAAGGUGAUAUUCAGCGCAGAGGCAGGAAGAGGAGAUGCAUCCAUUGGACCCUUCAACACAGACACAACUGUAAUCUACAAAAAAGUGAUCACCAACAUUGGUAAUGCCUACAGUCAAUCCACAGGUAUCUUUGCUGCUCCUGUGGCAGGUGUUUAUUAUUUUAGCAUCUUCUAUCAUGCUUCAGGAUCACAUGGAUCGAUGCUGCGACUGUUUAAAAACAGUGAGGAGAUUGUCAUAGCACAUGAUUUCCAGUCAGACAGUGACAGAGCUGAUAAUGGAGCAAAUGCAGUGUUCCUGCAGCUGCAGCAUGGAGACCAGGUGUAUGUGCAGUUGGCUGCAAACAGUCAUAUUUGGGGAGCUAGCCACAGUACUUUCAGUGGUUAUUUGGUCGGUCAAAUAUGAGAAUCAAUACAUUACAUCUCUGUUAAAGGAAGGAAAUAACUUUCAAUUAAGUAAAAGACAGAAGUCAUUGUAUUUGGUAACAGGACAGCUAUAAAGAUGAAAACCUAUGUUGGAAAUUUUGGUGUGUUUAACGACACAGGUCUCAGCAGCCAGUUCUUCAGUUAGCGCCACCUGCCUGUACAAGCACUGAUUCAGGCUAAUCUGUUCACUGAAGAUUUGUUUGUACAUGAACUGUGUGCCACCAUAUUGUAACAGUCUGUUGUAAGAUCUUUCAAAUACCACCAUCAGACAGAACCAUUUUCACACUGAUCCCAGAUUUGUCACAACUGUAAAACAAAUCCAAAUUAAAAAACUUCUGUGCCUUUGA